AUGCCUAAAGUCGGAAAGCCAAAGAGUAAACGUGUUCCAGUGCGUCUUCGUCACAAGAUCGAGAAAGCAUCAGUCGCAAAACAAAAGAAAGCUCGUAAGGAAGGAAAGAAAAAUCCAGAAUGGCGAUCGCGAUUAAAGAAGGAUCCUGGAAUUCCAAAUUUGUUCCCAUAUAAAGAUAAGAUCUUGCAAGAGAUUGAGGAAGGAAGAAGGAGGAAGACUGAAGAGGCUGCGAAACGACGAGCUGAUGCGAAGGCUACCAAGACUGGAGAACAAGUCGAGAGAGAGGUAGAGGCUAGAAUGGAAGGUGUUGAUGAGGAGGAUAUUGAGCUUAUGGAUGAGGACGAGGAUAUGGACGAUGACGAUGACGAGUCCAAUCCUAUGGCAGCUUUACUUGCCAGUGCCAAAGCUGCUGCUGCGCAAUACGAAGACGACCUUGUUAGUGGAGAUGAGAUGGACGAGGAUGAUGAUUCCGAAUCGGAAGAAGAUGAUGCAUUCGAUGGUGUUAAGCUCUCGGGAUUACCUACACGAAAGGAUGGAUCAAGAAAAGCUUUCGACAAGGUUUUCAAGCAAGUUGUUGAUCAAGCAGAUGUUGUUCUAUAUGUCCUCGAUGCUCGCGAUCCCGAAGGUACCCGAUCGAAAGAAGUCGAACGUAUGGUUAUGGCUGCUGCAAGUGGUGGAAAGAGAUUGAUUCUUAUUCUCAACAAAAUCGAUCUUAUUCCUCCUCCAGUCCUCAAAGCAUGGCUCAUUCACCUCCGAAGAUAUUUCCCAACCUUACCAUUACGAGCUUCUGGACCAGCGGCAAACGCACACACUUUCAACCACAGUCAAUUGACUGUUAAGAGUACUUCGCAAACACUUUUCAAGGCUUUGAAAUCAUUUGCCGCUGCAAAACAACUCAAACGUUCUGUUUCUGUUGGUGUUAUUGGAUAUCCCAACGUUGGAAAAUCUUCUGUUAUCAAUGCCCUCACAUCCCGUCUUGGUGGUGCUGGUGCAGCAUGCCCAGUUGGUGCCGAAGCCGGUGUUACUACAUCUCUCCGAUCAGUUAAGAUUGAUAGUAAAUUGACCUUACUUGAUUCUCCCGGUAUUGUUUUCCCAACCGCUGGCGAUAACUCUAAGGCAUCGAAAAUUGAAGAGCAAGCCAGACUUGUUCUCCUUAACGCUAUUCCCCCCAAGCAAAUUGAGGACCCAGUACCCGCAGUAACAUUGUUGCUGAAGAGAUUGAGCGCCUCCCAAGAUAUGCUCAACAAGCUUAUGGAUGUCUAUGGAUUACCGCCAUUGGUUUCUAUCAAUGGCGAUUCAACUUCCGAUUUCCUGAUCCAAGUCGCCAGAAAGAGAGGAAGACUUGGAAAGGGUGGUGUACCAAAUAUUAGCAGUGCUGCCACAACAGUCAUCACAGAUUGGAGAGAUGGUAGAAUUCAAGGAUGGAUGGAUGCACCUGUUUUGGCCAUCGCACCAGAGAAGAUUGCCGGUGCCACCGUUGGCGAGGAUGUCAAGGGUGACCAAAAGGAGAUUGUUAAGGAGUGGGCUGAAGAAUUCAAGUUGGAGGGACUAUGGGGAGAUAGUUCUUCAAAGGAUGAGGCUAUGGAGGAAUAG